CCGAAUCUUCGAUUCUUCGCUUCGUCGCUCGAAACAUAUAAAUGGCCAAUGCGGUGCUCCAAUCAGCAUCAGUCAACGUUCGAGCUUCUCCAUCGAAGCAGUCAGUCAAUCGAGCGAGCAGUAAAGGAUUACGGGUUAGACAUCAUCAUCAUCAUCCACAGGAGCCAAUCGUUAGCCAUGCGUGUCUCUUCGCUGUUUGUCGUCUGUGUGGCCACACUGGUCGCCGGAGCUGCCGCUCGUCCUGAGCCACCAUCCCCGUAUGCCUACCAUGGAUUACCACAGCAGCAGAGCCAGCGGGCCUUGCCAUUGAAUGUUCAUCCCGUUGCGCCACAAAUCUAUCAGACGCUGCCACAGGAGCAAUCGUUUGCCAACUUUGCAGCGCCUCCAGUGCAGCAGCCACAAAUGAAUUACCUGCCACCCCAGCAGCAACAGCAGUCACAGCAGGAUGCCAUCUUUGAGCAGGUUGGUCCCUCCGCUGAGCCCCUGAACUCCUACGAUGACAGCUACAACAUGGCCCACCGCCUGUCCGGUGUGCAGCAUGCCAGCGGCUACAACAACGCACCGCAGGAGACCAAGAUCCACAAGCACAUCUACGUCCAUGUGCCGCCCAAGGACUUCGAGGAGGAGGAUGCCGUGCAGCCACGCGUCACCCAUCAGGUGGGACCCAAGCAGAAGCACUACAAGAUCGUCUUCAUCAAGGCCCCAUCGGCACCGGCACUGCGCGCACCCAUCGUGCCACCACCACCACAGAACGAGGAGAAGACUCUGAUCUAUGUGCUGCACAAGAAGCCCGAGCAGGAGCAGGAUAUUGUCAUCCCGACGCCAGCACCCACCAAGCCAUCCAAACCCGAGGUCUACUUCAUCAAGUACAAGACCAAGAAGGAGGAGGCGCCCGUCUAUGGUGUCCCACCCGCCGACAUGGAGCCCCGUCAGGCCACCGCCGAGGACUUUGCCCCGCUCGCCGAAGUGGCCGAUGUUCUGCCACCCACCACCCUGGCACCCGAGCCCGAGAUCGAGCAGCCCUCCGCCAUCUAUGGCGCACCCACGGCGCCCGCCUACACUGGCGAGGAGGUGCAGACCACGCUCUCGGCUCCUGCCAACCAGUACCUGCCCCCUGCCACUGCACCCGCUGCCCUGGCCAUCGAGGAGCCCUCCAUGGCGCCCAUCAUUGUCGAGGAGCAGCAGCAGGAGCAGCGUCAGGCUCACAUUCCCGCCUCCAACUAUGGUCCCCCCAACCGCUUCUUCCUCAAGAAGUUGAAGUAGGAUCGCAGUCCGAUGAAAAUGGAGAUGUCUUAGCCAAUUUCUCGUUUGUCAUAGUCUAAUGUCCCCAUGCCCCCAUGCACACACUCACACUCACACACACACACACGCACACACACAUGCAUCUCACGUUGUUUUGCUCGUUUGUAAAAUUUGUUAAAUUUGUU